AUUAAGGUCAGCAACAAUCGAUUAGUCUUAUCCCCGCACGUGUUGAAAUUGUUUUCUUUUAUUUGGAUCGCCUUCAAUUUAGUUAAUUUAGCCAUGUCGGACUUUGAAAUGGAGGACAGUGCCUCGGGUUACGACUCAGGGGAUAACUCAGAUGCCGAGCUGCAAGCGGCAUUUGAGCGAGGCGACUUAAAACCAGGCCUAAACUUGGAAUUCAAUGGCCAGAGAGACAAAGUGAAUGAUGUGACCAAACUGCUGGCCAAAACAGAGGCUAUCAAGAUGCAACUUCCUUGGCUGGAGCGCCUGGACAUGAUCAACACACUGGCUCCCCUGGCCCCGGAACUCGCUGUACAGCUGGAGAAGCACGAGCAGAAGCGGGCCAAUCUCUUCAAAGGCAACGCCAAGCUGCCCUACAUUCGGCCCGAGGAGGAUCCCGUCCUGAACGAUUUCAAAAGGGAAAUGCUCUUCCACCGACAGGCGCAAAGUGCUGUUCUAGAGGCCAUUCCCCGCCUGCACGAGCUGGGCAUAAAGACCCGUCGACCGGAUGACUACUUCGCCGAAAUGGCCAAGUCCGACGAGCACAUGCAGAAGGUUCGCGCCAACCUGAUGGCCAAACAACAAGGACAGGCAAAAUCCGAACGCAUCAAGCAGAUCCGCGAACAGCGCAAGAUGGGCAAGAUGCUGGCCAAACAGACUAAGGUCCAACGCGAGGCCGAAAAGAAGGACAUGCUGGACAAAUUGAAAAAAUUCCGCAAGGGCAAGCUGAAGAACCUGGACUUCCUGGAGGACGCCAAGGCGCUCGAGUCCAAGCAGAAGCAGUCGGCCGAGAAUCGCAAGAAGCGCAACAAGAAGUUCGGCUUCGGCGGCAAGAAGAAGGGCCUCAAGAGGAACACAAAGUCCUCCUCCGCGGGAUUGGAUGGCGACAAGUCCACAAGGCGCCAGCGGGGCGUGAAGGCAGGUGCUUCGGUCAACAAACGACUUGGCAAAUCGCGACGCAUCAAGGCCAAGGGCAGAAAGUAAUCCCUAGGGACUGCCGACUAUCUUUAGGUGACCAAACUCUAGUUUUAUAAAGCCCCCAAUCCUGUAUAGAUUUUUUAGAACCAUAAAUACAUUACAUUUUGUGUGCA